UUCUAUUAAGUCUAAAGACGAGUGAAAAAUUCAUUUCCCAAGCCGUUUUUAUGUACCCAAAAAGAUCUAAAGGGAAGCGGGAAGCCGCGCGGGAGGCGCGCGGACAGACCCUUUGUCCUCCAAAAGAGCACGAACACAGAUGUAGGAUCCUGGGUCUUGGGGAGGUGGGGCUGAGAGAUGAGUAGGUAUGUUGCUUUUGGGGGCAAACGUGUACGUUAGCGCCUGUGUACCCAGAGCUGGGUAUAAACUGAGGAAUAAGACUUUGUUUCUGCUUGUACGGAGCAUAUAGUACAUUAGAAGAGACCUACGUGAAAAUUACAUUUUAAUGGAGUAAAUAAGGACUCUGGUCAGCGCCUAGUCCAGGGAGACGUCCGGCGCGCCGAGCGGAACCCAAGUGUUGAGGGGUCGAGUUUCCGGGGUGGUGGAGUCCAGAAAAGCGGCGCACUGUCAACAUGGCGGCUGGGCUGCGGAAACGCGGCCGGGCGGGUUCUGCGUCCCAGGCAGCCGGACUCUACCGGCAAUGGCUGCAGCGCGCCUGGGAAGAGCGGCGUCUACUACUGCGGGAGCCGCGCUACACGCUGCUGGUGGCCGCCUGCCUCUGCCUGGCGGAGGUGGGCAUCAUCUUCUGGGUCAUUCACAGGGUGGCAUACACAGAGAUCGACUGGAAAGCUUACAUGGCUCAGGUGGAAGGUGUCAUUAGUGGCACCUAUGACUAUACCCAACUUCGGGGUGACACUGGACCACUUGUGUACCCAGCUGGUUUUGUGUACAUCUUUAUGGGGCUGUACUAUGCCACUGGUAGGGGCACUGACAUCCACAUGGCCCAGAACAUCUUUGGUGUGCUCUACCUGGCCACCUUGCUGCUUGUGUUCUUGAUCUACCACCGGACCUGCAAGGUACCUCCCUUCGUCUUUUUCUUCAUGUGCUGUGCCUCUUACCGUGUCCAUUCCAUCUUUGUGCUUCGGCUCUUCAAUGACCCAGUAGCCAUGGUGCUGCUCUUCCUCAGUAUCAACCUCCUGCUGGCCCAUCGCUGGAGCUGGGGCUGCUGCUGUUUCAGCCUGGCAGUCUCUGUGAAGAUGAAUGUGCUGCUCUUCGCCCCUGGGUUACUAUUUCUUCUCCUCACACAGUUUGGUUUCUGUGGAGCUCUCCCCAAGCUGGGCAUCUGUGCUGGCCUUCAGGUGGUGCUGGGGCUACCCUUCCUGCUGAAGAACCCCAUUGGUUACCUAUCCCGCUCCUUUGACCUUGGCCGCCAGUUUUUGUUCCGCUGGACAGUGAACUGGCGCUUCCUCCCAGAGGCCCUCUUCCUGCAUCGUUCUUUCCAUUUGGCCUUGUUGGCUGCCCACCUCACCCUGCUCUUGCUGUUUGCUGUCUGCAGGUGGCACAGGACAGGGGAAAGUAUCCUGUCACUGCUGAAGCAUCCCUCCAAAAGGAAGGUUCGACCCCAGCCCCUUACACCCAACCAGAUUGUUUCUACCCUCUUCACCUCCAACUUCAUUGGCAUCUGCUUCAGCCGCUCCCUCCACUACCAGUUUUACGUCUGGUAUUUCCACACACUGCCCUACCUCCUGUGGGCCACGCCUGCACGCUGGCUCACACACCUACUCAGGUUGCUGGUGCUGGGGCUCAUUGAGCUCUCCUGGAACACAUACCCAUCCACAUCCUACAGCUCUGCCGCCCUGCACAUAUGCCAUGCUGUCAUCCUACUACAACUCUGGCUGGGCCCACAGGCUUUCCCCAAGAGCAUCCAGCACAGCAAGAAAGUCUACUGAAAUCCUCCUUUUCCCUUCCAGUCCAUUCUCAGGACCUGAGUGGGAAGGACCCUGUGAUCUUCCAAAUAAACCUUGCCAAGUCCA